AUGUUCGUCCAAUCUUCCUCAAGUCCAGAAAAGAACGGGUCAAUUCCAGAGAUUAAGAUUACUUCGUCAGAAAGUUCAGAAUCGAAGGAUGUAACUUCGGAAUCUCAGGCGACACAGAACGGAGAGGCAUCGGAAGAUGUUGAGAAAACGAAUGUUACCAGUUCAAUUCCACAAGAAAAUGGGGAUGUCAGUAAUAAAGGUAAAGGAAAAGCCCCGAUACCAAAAUCUCCCCAAAAACCUGCUGUGACUAGGCCUAAAAGAAAUGCUAAACAGUUAUAUAAGAAGCUUUUGGACUUCAAACCCGAGGAAGAAAGCGAUAGUGAAGAUGAAGAUGAUACCACAUUUGAAGGUCCAAAUGAGGAUUCGUCAGAUGAUGAAGCCGACGUUAACGUUGCAAUAGAAGCAGAAGGUUCUGAAGAAGAGUGUGAAGAAUCAGGCGAAGAGGAAGAAAGUGAGGAAGACGAAGCAGAUGACUACGAGAACCCGGAAGUUUCGGAAUUCGCAAGAAAUAUGAAAGACGAGCCAGGAUCUGAUAGUGGAUGUACUGCAGUAGUAGCACUUUUAAAAGGAAAUGAAUUAUAUGUUGCUAACGCAGGUGAUUCCAGAUGUAUUGUUUGUAGAGACGGUAAGGCGAUAGACAUGAGCUUCGACCAUAAACCUGAAGACGCACCAGAACGUGAACGGAUAGUCAAAGCAGGUGGAAAUGUUACAGGUGACGGUAGAGUUAAUGGUGGUCUGAAUCUCUCACGGGCGAUAGGAGAUCACGCGUAUAAACAAAAUAAAGAUUUAUCUGAUAAGGAACAGAUGAUUACAGCAUUACCGGAUGUCAAAACGUUGACUAUUAAUCCCGUCGAGGAUGAAUUUUUAGUUUUGGCUUGCGACGGAAUUUGGAAUUUCAUGUCUAGUCAAGAAGUAGUUGAUUUCAUUAGGCCGAGAAUAUUGGAAUCGAAAUCCAAGCUCUCGACUAUAUGUGAAGAGAUGUUCGAUCAUUGUUUGGCACCCCAUACUUUAGGAGAUGGCACGGGUUGUGACAAUAUGACAGCGAUAAUAGUCCAAUUUAAAACGAACAUUUUAAAAAGAUCUGCAUCCCCCGUUCCUAUCAAAAGUGAUAUAGUAAAAAAGAUAAAGACUGAAGAAACGGUAAAAUCUGAAUCUGGUGCGACAAAGAACGAAGAUGCGAGUAAAACAGAAACCGGCGUGGAAAAGACUGAAGAUGAUUCGCUAAAAAUGGAAUCCGGGACGGUCGCGUGAAAAAAAAUUUUUAUUGUUACUGUAACCAUUUAACGAAGAUUGUCCCAUUGAAAAUUUGCUCUGGUUUGAUAAACUUGGAUCAUACUUUUCAUCGUAUUGUUAAUAUUGGACAUUUUAAUACCAAUCACAGCUAUUUGAUAUAAGAAACAUCUGCUCAAAUUAUUUUUUCAACUUGGUUGAACAGAGAACUCUUAAAUAUUCAACAAUGAGUCUUUAUCAUAUUAGAUUUCUUGAAAUGUUUUCUUUAUUUAGAAGAUUGAUAUUGUAAAAAAGCUGUUCUCAAUUAAAUCAACAUUAUUGUCGUAACGAUGGCU